AUGUUCCAAUAUUGUAGAGAUCUUGUGUCGAGACACAAGAAAAAGCUCCUGUUUGGCACGGGAGUGAUCGCGGUUUCUUACGCGGUCAGCUCGUACGUGAGCAACAAGCUGGCGGAGUUGCAAGAACGAUUAAAGGAGGAGAAUUUUGCCAAAGAGCAAAUUAAAAGGCGUUUCAAACAGACGCAGAACGACUGUUACAUGACGUUCCUGUCUCUGCUCCCCGUUUUAACAGAGCCGAUCUACGAGGCACUAAAGGUGGAGGAUAUAACAAGAGAAUUGCAGAACAAGCGAUUUGAAAGACAAAAGGCGAAGAAUCUUCCUGUUGGAAACACAACUGAUCCAGCUUUGUCGACUGUCCUCAGCGACGAUUUCUCGGUACACAAUGAAAGGGAGACACCCAUGCAUACCGGCAUACCACAGACCAAGUCAAAGACACAACUGUGGAACGAGCUUCGGAAUCAAAGCAUUACGCGUUUCUUAACGCUUCUCUAUUGCGAAUCAUUGCUUAUCGUGUUCCUGCAUUUGCAGCUGAACAUUCUCUCAAGACGCUCGUAUUUGGAAACCGCGAUCAAGCUGGCGUCCAAGACGAAAGGAAUCAAACUAGAGAACGAGUCCAAUGAGGAUUUGGACUCUGCAAGCCUUUUCCUCGACAACGACGAGGAACUUGCCACAGGCUCUAGCGGACAGGACGAGAAUCUUGCUGAGCAAGCCUUCUUGUCCUACAGUUGGUGGCUUUUGAACAAAGGAUGGAUUGACAUCAAAAACAAGGUGGAGUCCAGCGUCGAAGACAUCUUUGGAGAUAUCAACCCUCGACAAGAACUCUCGAUCGACGAGUUUGCGACUCUCAUCAACAAGACACAGCAGAUAAUUGACAAAGAAAUAUACGCGGAAAAAGAAAGCGAGCCAUUGACGGAGCCAGAGGCUUCAAGCUCAGCUGUAAUCACAUCUCUACUCCCGCCGGCAAACAUGGAGUUUUUCUUGUUGCAGCAAACCAAUGACAUGGAGUUUCUUACGAAUUUCAACAACAACAUAAAGAACUCGGAAAACGUUAGCAAGCUGCUAAACGAAUUGAAGGGAUAUCUGAUGAAUGACCAGGUCAGCGCGAUCAUCAGUCUUUUGGUUACUGUGGGGAUCUCAAAGGUUCUGGAUAACAUCGUUGUGAACCUCAUGAACAAACAAAAAAACCCAGAUCACGAGGAACAGGUGCUUACCGAGAUACCCAAGGUGAAGCUGGCUUCGUUAUUGGCAUCUAUCACAAAACAGUCCAACCAGCUAACGAACAACUCUCUCGAUAAUGAAAUCCUGUACACUCUCAACAAUCUACAAGAGCUAGACGACCUGAGUGCUAGUGUCUACUCUAAUUUCGAUGCUUGA